ACCAUCGUGCUGACGGGGUGGGGGGGGAGAGGGGCGUGGGCUGCUCACGCUGCCGCGCCCAAGCCGGACGGACCCAUGCGAUCGCGCGCGGGCAGAGCGCGCCGCGGGGCAGGGAUGGAGAAAAAGAAGAUAGUGAUGAAAUCCAAAGUUGCUUCUUCGAACCUUCUGAGGGCGCUGCAUUCACUCUAUCAGUUCGGUCACCUCUGUGACGUGAUAGUCCACACCGAACAGAUGGGAAUUCAGGAGGAGUUUCUGGUUCACAAGGCAGUAUUGGCAGCUUCCAGCAAUUACUUCAAGGGGCUGUUUCUUCAUGAUGAGAUGUUGGACACUAAGACCCGCACAGUGACUCUACAAGAUAUUUAUACAGAAGAAUUCACUUCCUUCCUGGAGUUUGUUUAUACUGCCGAAGUAGAGAUUGAGGCAGAGAAAUUGCAUCGGAUGAAGGAAAUAGCUGAGAGACUUGAGUGCAAGGAUUUGCUUGAUAUUUGUGAAGAAAUGAACUUGGAGAGUAAGGAAGGCUUAGAUCCAAGUGUCCAUUUAAAAGGUCAGAUACACAAAAAUGGUGGGUCCCAGUGGGCUUAUGUCCCACAAACAGAAGACAGUGAACUGGGUAAUUCAUCCCCAUCUGGGGCAACACCGCUGCAAAGAAAACUGUGGGAUGGCCAGAAACACAGGAAAUUAUUAACCAGCUAUGAACUUGUGGAAUGUCAACCUACAGAUCCUAACAAGGAAGGGACUGCUCUUUCAGAGUCAACAGCUGGGAUGGCCAAGCUAGCUGAGCAUAACAAGACAGACACAAGUGAGAUGAUUGGUGUGGAUGCUGCCAACUCAGGGGGAAAGAAGACCCGCUCUUCUGCCCCAAGUGAGCCAGACUCCAAGGAAACCUGCAUAGUCAUUAAAAAGCUGCUCCCUGCCCAAGGGGAAGAUGAAAAUACUUUAAUCUCAGAGCUGCCCAGUAAAUUUGAGCCCAGGAGAUCACUUCGCAACGGAUCAAAAAUCUUGCCCCAAAUGUACACGUGUGAGAAGUGUAACCAGUCAUUCCAUUUCAUCAAGCAAUAUCAGUCACACAUGGAGCUGAAGCAUAAUAUUAACAUUGUCACCAAAUACAGCUGCAACCUAUGUGACCAGCUCUUCUCUAAUCGCCAGAACCUGAAACAGCACAAGCUCACUGUCCACAGUGAUGAGAGGCGCUUCCCUUGCAUGUCCUGUGACAAGAGAUUUAAGCGCCAGAAGGAUAUCAAUGACCAUGUUCGGAGGGUUCAUGAAAAGAAAAGGAGCCCUCAGGCAUGCCCAUACUGUGACAAGGUUAUCAGCUCCAAGUGUGGCCUCACAGUUCAUAUGCGCACGCACACAGGAGAGAAGCCCUACAAAUGUGAACACUGCCUUGCAAGCUUUGCUCAGAGAUCUGCUUACAAUACCCAUGUAAGGAAAAUACAUGAAUCUGGGCAAGACAGGAAGCAUACACCAAUCUACUGGACGGUCGUUCCACCUACAGUUAGACCAGAAGCAACAGACUGUGCAAUGGAUGUUAAUGAAGAAACUUGGGAUGGGGAAUCGGUUACUGGAUUGCAAAAAUGUGCUGGGAGCAAAGCAGCUAUGGGCACUGAAGAAGAACCUGGCAGCUCCUAUAAUGCAGAAGUAGACUGCAGCAAUGAAGGGAAAGGAAAGAUAGACAAAUAUGGGGAAGAUGAAGCAAACGGGGAAGAAGGAAACGAAGAUGAUGAUGAAGAUGAAGAAGAAACAAGUGUGAAGGGAGAAGAUGCGGGAUAUUCUGAACUAGAGGACAGUAAAGAUAAUGAGUAUGUCUGUAAUGAUGAUGGUGGUGUUGAUGAUGAUGACGACGACGACGACUACUCUAAUAGUAAUGAAGGUGAAGAGAAUGAUUCAGAUGAAGACUUGAAAAUAAAGAAGGGUAAAAAAGGCAGGGUAGGCAAGAAGUCUGCCUAUGUUAUAACAUGUGAUAAAUGUGCUGAGCAGUUUGUUUCCCGGAAAAAAUAUGUAGAUCACUGCAAAGAAGUCCAUCAAUCCUUGCCUGGCAAAGUCUAUCAGUGUGAUAUCUGUAGCAAGUCAUUUGCUAGCUACAACAGCUGGAAAGAGCACAGAGCCUGUGUCCACACUGAAGAAAGGCAGUUUGCUUGCACCCUCUGUGAUGCUACUUUUAAAAGAAAAAGAGAUGUGAGGACGCAUUACAUGAGGAAACAUGAAGGCAGAGUCAAGCGUCCUCUCUGUUCUGUCUGUGGGAAGAUCUUGAGCUCACGAACGGCACUGAUGUUUCACAUGCGGACACACACAGGGGAGAAACCAUACGAAUGCAGUGUUUGUCAUAACAAGUUUGCUCAGCCCUCCCAGCUUAAGAUCCAUACCAGGUCCCAUACAGGAGAAAAGCCAUACGUAUGUGAAGACUGUGGAGCUUGUUUUGUUGAUAAAGGCAAACUAAAUAGCCACAAGAGGACGCAUACAGGAGAGCGUCAAUUUAAGUGUGAUGUAUGUGGGAAACAUUUUGCCACCAAUGAAUACUUGAAGUGCCACAAGCGAUGCCACAUGGGAGCCAAGCCAUACAAGUGCAACGUUUGUGGGAAGACAUUUGGAUUGAGAGCCUCAUUAGCCCAGCACGUUAAUGUCCAUGCAGAGACUCGUCCCUAUUUCUGUGAACAGUGUGGAAAAACAUUUACUCAGCAAGGAGCUCUCAGGCGCCACCAGCGGAUUCACACUGGAGAAAAACCAUACAAAUGUAGAGCUUGUGAGCGAACCUUUACAGACAUGUCCACCUUGAGGAGACAUGUAUCGGUUCAUGACCGGAAUGCCCACUGGAGGAGUUUCUUAAUAGAUCUUACUAGCAAAAAAGACCAUAAUUGGUCCAAAAUAGAAACCUUAUCAGAGGUCCGCAGGGGGGAAGAGUCAGCACCAGAAGUCUGGUCAGUUGACCAAGGUACACUUUACAAACCAGAAAUCAAUAGCAUGAAGAAAGCUGAACACAUGCCAUCUAGCGUUAACAACACUCAAGAAGCUGAUCAUUCCAAUUUAUACUUUGAUAGGAAAGUAAAGAAACUCUAUGUGAGCAAAACUGAAGGCCAUAAGCUGCCUGCAAGAGGGUAUAAGGUGCCUGCAAGAACAACUCAAGUGCGUCACAUCCGUGCGCCGGCGUGGCCGCCGUUGUGCGUCGGAUGCGGCGACGUGGGGAUCCGCGAGUCCUCCCUCGACGGAACUGGCGGGGGGCGUUGCGCUCGCGAGUGCCCAGCGCUUCCGGCAGCCGCGCGGAGCCUGUGCGCAACGGCCCGGCACUCGCGGGCGGAUGCGGCGCUGCCUGGUGAGCGCGGAGAGUGGCGUGCGGCGGGGGGAGGAACUACGCUCUUUGCAGAAAGAAGAAAGAUGGAAAGUAAUGCUGUUUUACUUGAAUCUAAGUCUUCACCAAUCAACCUGCUAAAUGAAAUGCAUCAGCUGCGUCUUCUGGGCCACCUGUGUGAUGUGACGGUUAGUGUGGAGUAUCAAGGUGUCCGGGGAGAGUUUGUUGCUCACAAAGCUGUGCUGGCAGCAACAAGUAAGUUUUUCAAGGAGGUGUUUCUUAAUGAGAAGAGCAUGGAUGGCCCAAGGACAAAUGUGUUCUUGAAUGAGGUCCAGGUAGCUGAUUUUGCUUCCUUUCUCGAAUUUGUUUAUACUGCCAAGGUAGAAGUGGAAGAAGACCGAGUGCAACGGAUGUUGGAAAUAGCUGAAAAGCUAAAGUGCUUGGACCUCUCUGAAACCUGUUUUCAGCUGAAGAAACAAAUGCUUGAAUCAGUGUUGUUGGAGUUGCAAAAUUUCUCUGAAACUCAGAACUCUGAGGAGGAGGGCGGUUCCCAGCCAACCAUCUCCUAUGAGUCCAAAGCAAAUAUUGUAGCAGAAAUUGACCGUGCAAACUUUCUUCCUGGUCCUCCAGAAUCCCUAGCAGAAAGGCCCAGCAAUGGAAUGUCUCCUGAGCUGCCAGCUGUUAAAUCAAAGGAGAAGGUAGACAAAAAAAAAGAAGCCAUUAAGCCACCAUAUGCUAAAAUCAGAAGGGCCAGUGGGAGGCUGGCUGGGAGAAAGGUAUUUGUGGAAAUCCCCAAGAAGAAAUACACAAGGCGACUGCGAGAACAACAAACAAAUGCGGAGGUCGCUGCAGAAGAGAACAAGUUCCCAAAUGACCAAACUAUGUUUGAAGUGGAGAAGGAAGAGGAGCAAGCGGAGAACACUGUGAAGCCUGAAAAUGAAGAGUAUGUUGGCAACUUUGAAUCUGAAGAAAACCUUAACAAAUCUGAAGAGGAGAAGAAGAAACGAGGUGACAACUUCAAGUGCAGCACGUGCAAGAAGGAGUUCUUAUAUGAGAAGAGCUUUCUCAAGCACAUCAAGCACAGUCAUGGCAUUGCAGCUGAAAUAAUUUACCGGUGUGAAACCUGCAACCAGACCUUUGCCAACCGGUGCAAUUUAAAAAGUCACCAACGCCACGUCCACAGCAGUGAGCGCCACUUCCCUUGUGAAUUCUGCGGUAAGAAGUUCAAGAGGAAGAAGGACGUCAAGAGGCACAUUCUUCAGGUUCAUGAGGGUGGUGGGGAGCGUCAUCAGUGCCAACAGUGUGGAAAGGGUUUGAGCUCCAAAACUGCCUUGAGGCUUCAUGAAAGGACGCACACAGGCGACAAACCUUAUGGGUGCACAGAGUGUGAGGCUAAAUUUUCUCAGCCUUCUGCACUUAAAACACACAUGAGAAUCCAUACUGGUGAAAAACCAUUUGUCUGUGAUGAGUGUGGUGCCAGAUUCACACAGAAUCACAUGCUUAUAUAUCAUAAAAGAUGUCACACGGGGGAAAGGCCUUUUAUGUGUGAAACAUGUGGAAAGAGCUUUGCCUCUAAGGAGUACUUGAAACAUCAUAACAGAAUACAUACAGGUUCCAAGCCGUUUAAAUGUGAAGUUUGCUUCAGGACAUUUGCACAGAGAAAUUCACUUUACCAGCAUAUUAAAGUUCACACAGGUGAACGUCCCUAUUGCUGCGAUCAGUGUGGUAAGCAGUUCACACAGCUCAAUGCACUGCAGCGUCAUCAUCGAAUACACACAGGGGAGAAACCCUUCAUGUGCAACGCAUGUGGGCGAACAUUUACCGACAAAUCCACCCUCCGGCGGCACACCUCAAUACAUGAUAAAAAUACACCUUGGAAGUCUUUCCUGGUUAUUGUUGAAGGAGCAUCUAAGAACAACGAAGGGCAUAAGGCAGAACUUCCUGAUGGAGAGUAUGACAUGUCACCCAAAAUCACAGAGAAGCUGCUCUCUAUUGCUGAAAAUGGCCACUACCAGCACUUGACUGUUGUCCCAGGGAGUGUGACUGCACUGCACGACAAUGGCUGUACCAUGGGGACAGACUAUAAGUCUGAUGGGACUGUGGGACCCCAAGAAGCCCUCAUAGCUACCACUUUAAGUGAGUUUACAGUGCUGCAUACACAGACUGACUCUAUUCAGCCACAGCUUCAUGCUCUGGUAAAUAUGGAAUAAGUUGGUAUUGUUCACAUAUCCAACCUGGACUAUAAUUCUUUCAUAAUCUUUGACUCUGCCAAUAACCCAUGGAUAGAAUUAGGUUAGGCUAAUUCUCCUUAUUAGGAAGAGGGACUGGCUGUGAAUGGUAUCCCCAUGAUUUCUUGAAUUGCAGAUCUCCUUUGUGACUAUGAAGUGGUCAUUAUUUCCAAUUUGCGUAGUCUGGCUGUAGCUCCUUUUCCCAAAGAAUAGGGUAGAAUAAUAACUACCAGUUGGAGGAGCAGGGGAGGGGGCAGUUCCCUGUCCCCAUCACAUUAGUAUGGCAGUUUUGAAAUUCACUGAUCUCUGAUGUCAUGGCAAAUCCUCAUUUAUUCUGUCCAUUUAAUCUCUGGAAAUGUAUCCAUCCAAGGUCCUUUACUUAUCCUUUUCUGCAAAGGUAUGUUGAACGCAUUCACCCCUUGGUAUGGAUAUGCUAGGAGCAGUUCCUUAGGAAAGAGAGAGGGCAUAGGUUUGAUUCAGCUUCCCACCGGCUUGAUUCCACAAUGUGGGUAAACAACAAUGCUUUCACGUCUCUGGGCCUGAUUAGUUAAUGGAAUUUGGUCUCACUUAAAAUGGCUAAAACCAGUUCCUGAAAUUAAUUUUCCUCUCUGCCUUUGCCAAAGAUUGGAGCAGUAGGAGCAAGUCUGGAAAAGCAGAGUUGCAUUCCAAGGGGUAUCAUUUUGCAAUAGCAAAAAUGUGGAAACUUCAGGCUGUGGGAUUUGGUGUUGCAAAAUAGAUUACAAUGUCUUGAAAUAGCUUGUGGCCUUCUAUUUCUGACCUCCAGUAAUAUAUGUCAGAGUUUUUGAUCCAACAGGCUUAAUCCAGCAGGCUUAAUAUUUUUGGUCUAUUAAUUGCUCUAACAUAAAGAAAAGCUUUACUCCUUCAGAACUUGAAGCUUUUGCAUAAGAAACUAAAUUCCCUUCAGCAAAACUACCUCAUGGAAGGCUCUCAGGGCUACUGUGCGUUUGUUUUGCGAUAGGAGCUGUACAAAGCCUAGUAGAGGCACUGGCUGUAGCAGCAAAAAUCCUCUUGUUGAUUAAACCAUUCUUCCCACACUCGGCCACCUCCAAAAGAGCUCUUGUCACUAAGUUAAAGUCUACCCAGGGGGUUGCUGUCAUAGCCAUCAGUGAUGGGUGUGUUUUCUCUUCUCCCUUAGGUGUCCUACUACAAUUCUGUAGUAUAAAUCAGGCCUUAAAUUACAGGAUUUAGAUUUGAAGCCACUGCAGGGGCUGGAAGGAAAAAAAAUAAAUAAAUUAUGUCAUUCUUAAACUCAUACACCUUCAUCUUGCAAUUGGAUCUGAUACAGCAGACCUCCCCUGACUUAAUAGGGCUUCAUACAAAGGCAGGGAAAGAUCCAUUUGCAAGAGGUGUCUGUGCAUGGUAUGUGGAAAACAGUGGGCAUGUCUACACGUGCACUGGACUGCAGUCAUUUAAUACUUGCUUAAGCAAGCAUUAAAUGACUGCACAGUCCCAGUGCCACAUGGGUCACUUCCAAAGCUGUGGAAGUAGCAUCAGGAGUCGCGGUUCAUGCCCACCAAUGCUACAGUGAUGUACUGUCUUGUGUAGAGGUGCCCAGUGAGGCUCAGGAGUGAGAAUACAGGCAAGGCUCCUCAUUCCAGUGUCUGAAAGAUUUAGAAAACUUGUGAACAAGCAACUCCAUGAUAACUUCAGUGAAGCUUUUCUAUAAUUCAGUGUUAGAAAUAGUGCAGGUUUGGGCAGGUGCCUGAAAAACAAGAUUGUGAAACUAACAGCUGAGGUAAGUGCCAAAAAUUGCAUUAAUGAUGACUUCAUGUCCAUGCAUUUUCCUUGUUAAAGGGGGUAGAAAGUACCUGCAGUGGAAAUAUAUAAUGGGUUUAUCUUGACAACGUGCCUUUUUACAUAAAAGAAGGUGAUUAAGAGUUAAAUGGUUUUAAAGGUAUUUAGACCUCUUCAGUGACAGGGUCUUCAAAUUCUUUAGAAAUCUGGGCUCAAGUGUUUGCUCCAAAGCCUGUUAUCCUAAGAAUAAUCCUUAUGUGACUCUGUUAAAUAGAUGCCAUUUCUCAGAACUGGGAAUUACAGGGAACAUGCAGGCCCAUUCCUUAAAACAGCCCUUUCUCCAUUCUUCUCUCUACAAAAGAGAAAAGAAACCGAAUGUACACUGCCUGGUCAUUAUUAGUAGUAGGUAGUCAUGGUUUUUACUCCUUGUUUUGCAGUGAGAGGAAUAAUAUUGUACAGAUAGCAAAAGGGACACAACAGGGUUAUUUUUAAAGAACCACUUCUUCCAUCCUAAGCACUUUCUAAGCAAGCUGAAAAUUAAGGUUUGUGUUCUCCCUACAUGGCUCAGCUUGUUACUUUUUGUUACAAAACACAAGUGGAACUUUGAUAAGGAAUUACCAUGAUUAACUGAGCAGAGGCAGUUAAAAGGGAGUGGAGCAGGAUUAGCCCAGAGUACUCGGGCACAGUUACCAGCAUCAUCUUGAGUUAUUUUUUGAACCUAGAACUACCUGGAAGAGUUCUGUGCUAGUGACUACUUUAUAUUCCCAGUGUCUCCUAUCAGUACAGCUUGCGCUUUUAGUAAGCAUCUGUGAAGUUAAUAGAGAACAAUUCCACAAAUCGUCCUUGUUUAGGUUACUUGUUCCAGUUCAGGGCGAAACCCACACAACUCUACCAGUUUACACUAGCUGAAAAUCUGCCCUUUUGUGUUGCAACUCAGUUUUUGUGUGUGAAUUGUUUCUCUUACUAAAGAGGUUAUAUUUGAAAUAUUUAUUCAUGUGUUCCUUUUGAUGUUCAUGAUUCCUAAUGAUCAGUGUAAAAUGUUUAUAGAUAUUUAAAUUCUCAGCAUUAGCACUUGUAGACAGGGAAGCUUUUGUAUUCUGAAUAUAUGGAAGUGAGUUACCUGUAUAAGCUGUUCUUAUUAAACUAUUAUUGCCCUUUCCAUAAAUGA